CAGCUCCACAUGCGCUGUCCAGUGCUGGAAGAAGUGCGAACGCGAAAUCGCCAUACCGAUACUACUGUGAACACUGGUCCUUCACCACACUCCAGCAGAAUGCUGUCCUUCUCGAGGAAAAUGAAGAAGAAUAUUAAGCAUGUUUGCAGCUAAGAGGGCGUCCUUGAAACCAAAGAGCAGAAAUUACUGUUAUCCAUCUUCUUUCUUGCUUCAAUAACUAAGCGUUACACCUCGGUGGGGGAGAUGGGGAAACGUAAGAUGGUUUUAUUUAUCACUUCCAGCAUUCCUCCAGUUAAGCUGGCUCAGCUGCAGGGAGGUAGAAUACACAAUAUUUCAACCAAAACGCCUGUAAUAAUACGUUAAAUCUGUUUCUGUUGUAUUUGCAGCUGUGUUGAACACAGUGGUUUCCAGCGAUGACCAUACUACUAGGUAUCCAGUUUUUAACACUGUAUUAGUUCCCUCUCCGCUCUUCGAUUUAUUAAACGAAUUAAGACCGGCGGUGCCGUUAUUUCGCGAUGAUCAGGCGGAUCGAAGAGCGAACGGGAGUGAAUUAAGACUAAAUUACGCAAUGUAGAUGUGCGUGAAAACAUGUAUCCUGCAGGACGGCGGGAUGCUACAUGAACUAAAGGCUACAAAACGAGGAAAUUGAUGACAGCGACUUUGCGCUCUUAACACACAUUUUCUUUGCGUGCAAUAUUAUACCCUGACACUAAAAGUUAUUUUUAAGUCCCCGACCGAGAGGCCGACGCAAAAAUUUUAUUUCCUUCAUUUAAUCCCCAACUGUGUUACUUGACUGUUAAUAUGACGUGCUUUAUUUGAGCUAAACAGUAAGUUACAUAAAGUUAUUUUUGGAAACAGUCUAAUGACAUGGCCGCGGAGGCAACCGAAGGCAUCAGCUGGAUGCUUUUUGUCAUAAUUUUUCUCAUCUCCUUGCUGACUGUUCUUGGAUGGGCAGUGCAGUAUGGUCUGGAGAACCGAGGACAUGCUCGGAUUCCCUGGUCUCUAGCUGGGUGCUCGACCACCGCCUGGGAGCUGCGGCUUUCCCCGCUGCGCUUGUUCUGGGACUCUUUCCUGAAGAGGCGCUUCGGAGGGGAAGAGGGAGCCGAGCGCGCACACGUCGGACUGAAAGACCUGCUUUCAUCCCUGCUCUCCUUCGGCUCCUUCAGGGAGAGCUGUCGGCAAGCCUGGAUUCGAGCUCUCAAUGAGCAAGCCUGCAGACACGGGAGUUCAAUACAAAUAAACUUUGAAGAGUGCCUACAAUUUCCAGCCUCAGCUUCUAUUGAUUGCAUAACCUAUGCUCACCAAUCACCACAUAGCAUGGAAUUACAUUGCAUCUGUACUGCUGACAGAGUGACGUUUCCUGUGACUGUCACCCAGCAGUCACCUGCAGCAGUUUCUGUAAACACAUACCAGGUUACCAUAGCACCACUACAGGCAAAGAUGAAAGUUUAUUUGGAGGAGGUUGAGGAAGAAGGUCUUCUUGCAUCCUGGACUUUUUCUCAACACCCUCUUUUGUGCCUGUCCGUGUCAUCACGGAGAGUCCAGCAAGAGUGGGCUGAAGAGGAGGUUGAUGUGAAUGUGGUGGAAGAGUUAGUGAAGAAUGCUAUUGUGAACACCCAGCCAGCUGUAAUCCUCCGCCUGAAGACCUCUUUACCCAGCCCUGCACUGCUGUUCCUGGAGGCAGACAACAACCCCCAUGGUCACCAGGAUACCAACUCAUCUGCUCCCAACCAAAUGGAAGACCACGGUACUGGCUGCAGAGUAAAGCCACAAAUGGAAAUGGGCCACAGUCUAGGUGGUACAAAAGGUCCCCAUGAAGAUAUACAUCCCAACUGCAAGGGGGAAAGCCUUCACUCCAGUGGCAGGGACGAUGAAGCUGGCACAGCUGUUAAGCAGUUGAAUGAGUCCAUCAGCAAAGCAGUAAACAGGACGCCAACCAGGGAGAGUGCUCUUAAGGCCCCAGGGGAUGAGAAUUGUUCCACACUGUUGAGUGGUGCAUUUGGAGUCAUGGACAUCUCAUUGCCAGGGAAACCCAUGCAGGGGGCUACCUGCCAGGAUCUGGGGGAGUCUGCGCUACCUCCUGCACUUGAUUCGGCAUGGGACACAGGCUCCACGGGAGCCCUGGAGACCCACAGUCUGAAGGACCACAAAGGGGGGUUUCUUCGUAGUGGCACGAGGCUGCUUCUUCGGAGGAAGGCUCGGCCGAAGGACUCCAAUCUCAGUAGAUCCCAUGAGGACGUUGCUGACACUGGGAGUGGAUGCUCACCACGCAGAAGGUCCAGCAGCUUCUCCCGCCGCCUCAUCAAACGCUUUUCGCUUCGUUCCAGAUCCGGGGGCAAGGCUGGCGCCAGUGGAGGGCCAGCCUCAGCGACAAAUUGAGCGCAGAGCACAGAGGUUCGCAGAAACUCACUUGAUGGCCCCGUUUGCUAUUCUAUCCAAUUGGAUAUUCCCCCACUAUUUCAUUGGUCACAGCCUUGUCUCAGGGCACCUCUGUUGGCUGUGCAUUGCCUGUUGCAGGGACCCAGAAUCAGGCCCGUAAACUGCUGUGGACAUUUUAACGCCGAAGCAGGAUCAUUUUUACAUAUUUAUGGUUUCGCAUUGCAGCUCUCUCACUUACUCUGGACGCUGGUCAUUACAACUAUCUUCGAACAGCUAUUCUUAGUGAAAGGGAUUUGGUUGACAAUACUCGUUAAAUUUAAUAGCACUGAAAUCAGAAAGAAAGGGAUGGAUACAGAAAGAGAGAUGGCAUACAUUAUUAUAUCCUUCACUCUGCACAAAUAAUAAUUUGGAAAAUAUGCAUAGUAUGAGAAUGUUUUCCUGUCUCUGUGAUGUUUUCCAGAGAUUGCAGCUGUUUUGACACAGGCCAGUGUAAGCCUGAAAGGGCUGUUUUGUGCAGAAGUAACGGUGUUUUCAUUGGGCUCUGAGA